AUGAGUAGGAGUGCGCUACUUUCUGGAACCACGCCUCUGACAUGGUCGUCGAUCGCCUACUUUGCCUUUCGCGGGGCGACAUUCAAGACUAAAGAGUUUGGUUGGCGAGUUGGCAGGCUGGAUACAGGGGUUCAAGGAGCCUGGUUGCCAGCUUCUUGUGAACAAGAGUUCCUGGAGCGGGAGAGCACCACUGAGCACUGGAAGCAACUGGUGAAAGACCAAUACCGCCAAGAGAGCAUCACCCUGAAUCUCAAGCGCGGCAUUGCCAUCCGGAAGGAGAACCUUAAGCAGCACAAUUACUAUUCCCAGCUUAUGACGGACGAACUGAAGGACAUUGAGAUCUUGCCUGACGCUUAUUAUUGA